CAGGGAGGGCUGUCUGAAGAGAGGUGCUAACCUCAGCUGUUGUCUUCAGUAGCUUUAUAAGGUGGUGACCUAAAAGCCUGACAGACAGAGACUGCAGCUGUCCUGUCAUCACAGCUAAGCGGACCGUCUUGAUUCACCACCAUUAUGCCUAAUUUCAAAAACGUUGUGAGCCAUGUGGAAGGAGCAGCUACUGUAUUAAAUGCAGCAACUUCUAUUGGUGUUCAAGCUGCUGAGCUCCUUCCAACACACCGUCAGUGCUCCAUUGAGCUUAAAAAUGGAUGCUCUAACUACACACUGCUGAACCCCAGUGUACACAAGCCCUUGCCCCUUGUUAUUGAUCCAUCUUCUACUGGAAGUGCGCUGUUUAUGAAGACUCCCAACACUGCUUGUGGAGCUGUCGGCGUCUUCACUUAUGACCUACGCAACAAAUCUACAGUGGAGUCCACUGAGAAACUUGCUGUGAUGUUCUCUGUGCCCUAUGACUUCAACCUGUACUCAAACUGGUGUGCAGUGGGAAUCUUUGACAAGAGCAAAGAAUGUAAUUAUGAUCUUUAUUAUCAGAUGUACAACAAAACAGACAAAGCAUUCACCAGAGGUAAAGCUGGCCCCGGGCUCAAUUAUAAGAAAGAUCAAAUUACCAUCAUGGCAUUGAUGACAGACUCUUACGAGCCUGUUAUCGAAGUUGAAGUGCGGGACGCUUAAAAAAAGUGUUGAAAUGUAAAUUGUUUACUUGAUGCAUGAAUACAUUAAUUCAUUGAUUGAGCUUUGCAUUUCUGUCAACACUCUUCUUUGUUUUCUUUUGAAUUCUAUGCAGAUGACUGUAGUUUUGAUCAAUUUUACAGUGAAAGGGAAGAAUCUAAAGUAAAGACCCGAGUAUCUCUAACAGAAAUGAGCAGCAAUGGAUACAAAAAGGGAAAAAAGAAAAAAAAUACAAUACUUGUAAUACUUGUAAUACUUGCACUUGU